CAGCGGGUGGGAAGGAACACUUCCUGCUCCUCCUCCUCGGGGAGGGAGAGAGAGGGAGGGCAACUGGUGGAGCCUUUAAAAGCUGGGCGCGGGCACUGCACCCAGUGUUGAGAUCAUGCCCGGAUCAGGCCCAGCCACGGCAUCGCUGGAGCCAGGCCUCACGGGGUCCCUGAACCAGGGUCAAGCCCAGACUUACGGCACCAGCAGGAGCCUGGUGGCCCCACAGCACCCUGGCACCCUGGACCAGACCUACCUGGAUGAACGCAUCAGCAUCCCCAAGGGUGGUGGGGCCGGUUUCAGCUUUAGGAAGCUCUGGGCUUUCACCGGUCCCGGCUUCCUCAUGAGCAUCGCCUACCUGGACCCGGGCAACGUGGAGUCAGACCUGCAGUGCGGGGCUGUGGCGGGGUUCAAGCUGCUGUGGGUGCUGCUGUGGGCCACCAUCCUGGGGCUGCUGUGCCAGCGCCUGGCCAUCCGGCUGGGAGUGGUGACGGGGAAGGACCUGGGUGAGAUCUGCUACCUCUAUUACCCCAAGGUGCCCCGUGUACUGCUGUGGCUCAUGAUCGAGAUCGCCAUCAUCGGCUCUGACAUGCAGGAGGUGAUCGGGACAGCCAUCGCCUUCAGCCUGCUCUCGGCCGGCCGCAUCCCCCUCUGGGGUGGGGUCCUCAUCACCAUCAUGGACACCCUCUUCUUCCUCUUCCUCGACAAGUACGGGCUCCGCAAACUGGAGGCUUUCUUUGGCCUCCUCAUCACCAUCAUGGCCCUGACUUUUGGCUACGAGUAUGUGAUGGUGAGGCCAGGGCAGGUGGAGGUCCUGAAAGGCAUUUUCCUGCCCUACUGCUCGGGCUGCGGGCGAGAGGAGCUGCUCCAGGCUGUGGGCAUUGUUGGUGCCAUCAUUAUGCCCCAUAACAUCUUCCUCCACUCCUCCCUGGUCAAGACACGGGACAUCGACCGGUCCAAGAAGGAGGCAGUGCAAGAGGCCAACAUGUAUUUCCUGACUGAAUCCUGCCUGGCACUCUUCAUCUCCUUUCUCAUCAACCUCUUUGUCAUGGCUGUUUUUGGUGAGGCUUUCUACCACCAGCGCAACGAGGAUGUGCACAACAAGUGCGUCAACAGCAGUGUCAGCCACUACGCCAGCAUCUUCCCCACCAACAACGAGACGGUCUCUGUGGAUAUCUAUCAGGGGGGCGUCAUCCUGGGCUGCUAUUUUGGGGCAGUGGCGCUGUACAUCUGGGCCAUCGGGAUCCUGGCGGCGGGACAGAGCUCCACCAUGACCGGGACCUAUGCGGGGCAGUUCGUCAUGGAGGGCUUCCUGCAGCUCCGCUGGUCCCGCUUCACCCGGGUGCUCUUCACCCGCUCCUUCGCCAUCCUGCCCACUGUCUUUGUGGCCGCCUUCAGGGAUGUCAGCCACCUCACGGGCAUGAAUGACCUGCUCAACGUCCUGCAGAGCAUCCUGCUGCCCUUUGCUGUCCUGCCUGUCCUCACCUUCACCAGCCUGCGCCCGCUCAUGCAGGACUUCACCAAUGGCCUCCCAGGGAAGGUGCUGAUGACUCUCAUCACUGGGCUGGUCUGUGCCAUCAAUGUCUACUUCGUGGUGGACUUCCUGCCCACGCUGCGGGGCCUGGGCUACUACAUCCCCCUGAGCCUGCUGUUGGUCGCCUACGUGGUCUUCAUCACCUACCUGAUCUGGACAUGCAGCGUCGCACACGGAGCCCGGUUCCUGGCCGGAGGCCAUCAUGACCGGUUCAGCUUUGGCGUCUCCCUCGACUCACAGGCACUGGCAAGGACCCAGUAACAGCGCAG